CUCGCUGGGUGUGUCCUUGUAAAAGCAGCAGGUACAUCGAGGUUUCGCUCCUGUGUCUCUCUGCUGGGAAGACUUGAAACCGUCCAGGAUGGAUCUGAUCGCCUUUUCGUUUCUUUUGUUCCUCUCUGUUAAGUUCGGGAGUUCUGCUGGAGAUCAAGUUCUACCCGACGGUCCUCUGGAUGCACUUUUGGGGAAAGAUUUGACAAUAAAUCUCCUGCGUCCAACUGAAAGAAGCGAUAUUAUUACAUGGAAUUACAAGGGUUCUGCAUCAAUUGGUACUGUGAGAGAUGGUACGGCUUCAAUUAAAGACCUAUAUAAAGGCAGAGCUUCCAUUAACGCCACCGACGGGUCCCUGACUCUGAAGUCCCUAAAAUCAGAGGACAGCGGAGAUUAUAAUGUAGUUAUAAUCGGGACUACAGAUACCAUUCCCGCAGAGGUUAAAAUCCGAGUUCUGGAACCCGUGUCUGAUGUCAUGAUCAAAUCAAGCCUUCCUGAAGCCAUUGAGAGCAACAGCACAGUGGAAAUUACCUGCUCUUGUAAAGGAUCUAUUGAGAGCUUCACCUGGACCAAUGACAGCAAAAUCAUUGAAUCUGAUGGCAAACGGUUUACUGUGAAAUCGUCAGUGAUGUCAGACAAGAUUGAAAUACCGGGAAAAUAUUCUAGUAAACUGACUAUCACAGAUGUCCAGAGAUAUGAUCUGGUUGGCCCAAUUGUCUGCACAGCAGCAAACUCUCUGCAAAAAGAGAGCAGCGCCAAAUUCAACCUCACAGUCUACUAUGGACCUGAGGAUGUCACCAUUAAGCCCUCUGCACCACUGAAAUUUGUCCCGUCCAAAUCGAAUUUCAACCUGACAUGUUCGGCCUCCUCCAAACCCGCUGCCACUUUCACCUGGUUUUAUGAGACAAAGCAGAUAGAGGCCACUGGUCCAGUCCUCACCCUGAAAGUCAUUGAGGAGCAGGGGUUUGGGCAUGUGAUGGGCAACUACAAGUGUGUCGCUCAAAAUGAGAAAACCAAACGAGCGGUUCCGUCUACUGCUGUUCAGUUCUCCGUGAUGGAGGCCAUUUCUGGCAUUAAAUUAAGUGGUCCAGAAGGUAUCCUCAUCGCUGGCAACAGCAGCGCCAAGCUCAGCUGCCAGGCAACACAAGGCAACGUGACGGAAAGAGUCUGGCUGAAGGAUGGUAAAGUCCUUUCCCCCGACUCCCGUGUCAAAUUCUCCAACGAUGGUAGCUCAAUAAAUAUUGAACUGCUGACGAAAGAGGACAAUGGAGAAUACAUAUGUCAGCUCAUCAACUCUGUCAGCAAAAAAGAAGCUAACUUCACAAUGGUGGUCAUCUAUGGUCCUGAACCACCAGUGGUGAAGGGAGACAAAGAAGUGCAGUUGAAGACACGUGUGGAGCUCACCUGUUCUGUCUCGUCUGUCCCUCCUGCCAAAAUUAUUUGGAAGCUAAAUGGGACAGUGAUCCCUGGUGAAACAAAAGAUACGUUGAUCUACAAUAACAUAGAGUAUAAGCACUCAGGAACAUACACAUGUGAGGCAAGCAAUGAAGUCACUAGGAAGUCCACCAACUCCCCCCCUCUCUCUGUCACUGUUAAAGAAAAAGUAGACGAAGGUCUCUCAGACGGAGCUAUUGCUGGAAUCGUCAUUGCAUGCCUUGUCGCAGUUGGAGUCGCCAUCGCCUUGUUCUUCUACUGCAGAGGGAAAGUACCAGUGUCGUCACCAUACUAAAGACGUCCGUCUGCUGGCUUGAAAUGUCUACCGUUUGGUUUCCCAUGAUCCUCUAUGCAUCAGGGAGGAUUGGUUGGGUUGAUCCAGUUGGUUUCCUUUGUGCAACUCAUCCAACCAGCUUCUUCUUUAUGCCUCUCUCUUUCCCUCUCUCUCUGGCAGACAAGGAUUAUGGAAGUCUAGUUUUACUGGAAUACUAGAUCAUGUUAAGUUUUGGAUUGCAAGCCUUCUAGUUUUACUGCAACUAUCUUCAAUUUCAUUUUUAUUUUUCGUUUAUAAGCUGCUCCACUUCUCUGGAUCAGUUGCUUUUUUGACUCCCUUUACUACAACAUGUUACCAAACCUCGUCGCUUAGCUCUUCCUUCCUGCUUUGUUUUUUGUUUUGUUUUUUCCUGGGGAGGAAACAGAAAUUUCUGCCGUGGAGACGCUUCUUUGACUAAAGCUCAAGAACUGAUGACUGCGAUGAGUGACUGUUUUUAUCCUGCUGGAAAUCUGAGUAGAACACACACAUACACAGAGAUAAUACCUAAAGAAAUGUGAUGCAGACAUGCAUGGGUGAUCAAAACCAUGGAGGCCACAGGGGCAGAAUCUGGGGUGGUCUUGUUAAAAAAAGUAGCAGAAAGAUAUUGUAGUUUAAUUUAUGUCACUGUCGGUUCCAUGUAUGUGGAGUUACGCAGAUAAGAGCCGAGCACAGCGGAGGGUUUUCAGGAUAAACAUCUUUCUCAGAGCUUUCAUCUGUAAUGCCUCAGUUUAUUUGGUGCUCACCAAACCAUAAGAAGUUUUCUGCCUCCACUACUGAGUCAGCUUUUUUUAUUUAUCCUAAACUGAGGUCAAACCUGUCAGCAUCUCUUCCUCAACCGGACAGCUUCACUCAACAUCACUUUUCUGUAAAAAUGAGCAAAGCUGUAACAUUUAUUGAAUUUAUCCUGUCUCUUUUAUACUAGCAGACCACCAUGAUCUCUUAAAAUAGUAGAUUGAAAUCCUUAAAAUUAUGUAAAAUUAAAAAAACAAUCGGAAAAGGGUCAUAUUUUACAUAAAUAUGCUCAGCUGAUAAAACUAAGCCAGUCUAACAGAAGCAACACAUGGAGCUGCUUUCUGUCUAAAUCUUUUCAAAGUUGCUAAGUCUUUAUUCUAUGAUGUUUAAAAAAAGCCUCAAAAGGAAGAUAUCUGAAUACACGUCAUGCCACAUGUUAUAUCUAAUGUAUCAGAACCAAUGUGUAUUUUUGUUUGAUCUGAUGAAGACGAGCAUUUAUGCAGCUUUUGGUGGUUAAACAGUUCAACCAUCUUAGGUUUUUUUGCCACCGCUUUUACCUUUUUUAAUCUGACUCUGCAAACUUGAGUUUCUUCCUACAAGUGUUGCUCUGUAAUCUUAGCCGGCUCCCUCGAUUCCUCUCAGCUCUCCGUCCUGUACCUUUACAUGUUGUUCUCUGAAGCUCAGGAUCCGCCCUCCCAGUUUGACUCAUCCUGUCAUCUUAGGAAGAACAGACAGAGGAGGAGGGAAGGGUUAAAGAUGGCAGAGACAGGACUCAGCAUGCAGAGCCACUUCAGUCAGGUUAGGAGGAAGGCAGGAAGAAAAAGCAAGUGGGAAAAUGUCUUAGCCCUCAAAUUCUUCAAGGACUGGAGGGAAAGUUUGAUGAGAUGUCACUGUGCUGCUCUUUUUUCCUAACCACAACUAUAAAGAAGUUGCUUUAAACUAAAUUAUGGCUUUUAAAGACUUUAUGGAACUAGUUUUAAUUUGAAAAGGCAUCUGAAAAACAUGUGUGUGGUAUUUUGAAGUUCAGCCUUUAGCUGUUUCUUCCUGAGUAUUUUGUCCGCAUCCUUUUUUUAAAAAUAGACAAAUCUUUGUGUGGUUCAUGGUUAUGUGUGACCUCAGACUUCAACCUGCACUGAUCUCCAGUAAAACAAGUAUUUAUUUUGCUGAGUUUUAGAAGAAAAAACAACCUUUAGAAUCAUUGGAGCUGAAGAUCACAGUCUGUAAGCAGAUCACACACGCAGAAACUCUUUAUCUGUUUGAGUUGUAGGUGAAGAACAUAAAUGACUUCAGGUCAGUUUGCCCCUUCAUCAAUUCGUACCCCUGUUUUGGCUUCAUGCUUUGUCAUUUUGUUCAUAUUUCUGUAAUUUAUUUAAAUUUGUCCAUAAAUAUUUAAUUUAGGCAAUAAAUUAGUCAUGGAAAACUUCAAAUCUUGGAAAUCUAAUACCAGGACUAUAAUUAGGAGGAUGUGGGUCCCUCGUCAGAUAAAUAGUUAAAUACAAAUUGCCUUCAAUGUUUUUAGAUCUUUGCGUUUUAUAUAUAUAUAUUUUUUAAAAGCCUGUGUGUAUGUAAUUCUUAGAUAUUUCUUGCAACAUUUCUAGAAAUAUCUUCUUCCAUACAAAAGGACGUAACUAUGCCUGUAGGUUAAAAAGAAAACAAAAACUAAACUGUUUUCUUGCCCAAGUUCUCAGAAGAGGCAUAAAUCCGUCAAAAUCCAGGUACGAAUUGAUGUAUGGUUGGUACAAAGCAUCCUGUGGCACGAGGUUCCUGCACAAGGUACCAGCAACCACUCAAACCGAGUAUUGACAAGUUUGAAACAAAUGUGUUAAGUUUACAGUAGACUGUAAUGCAGAGAAUGUAUUAAUAACAACAUGUAAAUAUGACAUUUGUUGCCCUAAACGAGACCUGUUCAUAUGUUUUAAACUGCAUGAAACUGCCCAUGUUGUAUAUAGGAGAUGUUGUAUUCACUGUACACAUAUUUUGACUUUUUUUUUUUUUUUUGGAUUAUACAUAUGGGGGAAAGAGUUUUAAUUUCUUGUUACUGUAUUUUUCACAGAUGUUUUGUUAUCUUUUAGGUUUAUGUACAAACAUAAAAAAGCCAUAAAGCUCUUGAAAAUAUUUUCCUAACUAUGAUUUGUUUCACCUUUUUUGUUUGGUUUUUUUUUUUGCUAGUGAAAAUUAUUCUUCUAUUUUAAAUGGUGCAAAAAAAGGGACAUAACCAAUCAGAGUAGAUGUGUGUCUUCAAACCAUCCAAUCACAGCGUUCGCCUGCUUGAGUGUGGCAGUGAUCUACAGUCGAAGGAGUGGCCGGAUCUCAUCUGUCAUGCCUGAAACAUAUUUUGACACACUCGCUCACCAAUGGAAACACUGACAAGAAUUUGUCUCAACAAGUUAUUUGCAAAGAGACGUUCCACUCUGCUAAUAGAAAAAAAAGCAAUCUUUUGUUUUUUUGACCUAAACUGACAAAUGAAAGUUAAUAAAAAUGGCUAUGUUGAACUAA